UACACACAGAUAAGAUACUGUCUCUAAUCCAGUGGUUCAAACAGUUUCUGGAGUCUGGUGUUUCUCUGAUUGGACACUGAGCUCAGGUCCAGUUCAGGAAGAGUCUGGACGGAUCCAGGAGCCAGGAUCAGUUCAGGAACCUGCUCUGAAACGAGUCGCCCUCCCCAGCAUCUGCUUCAGUGUUUGUCAGACAGUGAGCGAGUCUUUCAGCUCAUCUGUGAUUCUCCAACAGCAAACAGAAGGGUUAUAUCACCGUUUUCAGAGAGGUGCAGGACCAUGGUGGAAACAUUAAAUGAAGUAGUCCAUCUGAGAGACUCUGGGUUCGGUCGACCCUGGCCCAGACACGGACUCAGACUCCUCUACUGGUUUGCCAAUGAAUGCAUUUCUUUUGACAAAAAGAACAAAAUGUUCUCUAAAUGUCACCCAGCCGAGGGAGAUUUUGGCUUUCACUAUUUUGAGAACAGAUACGACCAAUAUCUGAAUAAACUUCUUCCAGACGAAAAGUUUCCUUAUUAUGUAGUUGGCAAUCUAAAUUCACCAGGAUCUGAAGAUCUUCCUGAUUAUGUCUCAGAAGACAAAUAUACUGACGAGCACGACAGCAACACGGAUCGCAUCAUUGUCAGUCUCCACGGUGGGAAAAGGUUUCAUCAGGUUUAUGUGACUCAACACCAGGACCGAUCGAACUACGAUCCAGACGCCACUCACCGGAUCUCCAGAGGCCUUCUCAAGAUCAUCAGGAGUAUGAGUUUAGAGGACUUUCUGAUGAAGAUGGGUUAUCAUUCAUACAUACAGUAUGUCCCACCAACGCCUGACAUUAAUGACAGACCUCAAUCUCCAGACAGAGUCCGUCCUGAUCUCACAGCGGUCAGUGUAUCCUCCAGUGAUUCCUCUGAGAGGGAGUCUCCUACGACACAGACCAGUGUGAUCAGAAUCCAGAUAGAUGAUGAUGACCCGCCGGCACAAAACCCCUCAGGGAACUUAACCUCAACAACGGGAUUCUGUGAAAGAUUCUGCACCAUUCUUUAAAACAGAUGUGCGUUCCAGGGAUUUCGGUUGGACUCAUUGGUGGACUUCAUCUUUCAGAAGCAAAUAGUGAACAGUAACAUUAUUGAUGGGAAUUUAAAUGUAAUCUUAUUAGAACAGUGUAUUUUCUGUAUUUCUCUACACAGGUUUGCUUCACAGUCAAAUGACAUGAUUUACAGUUCAGAUACAGGUUUAGUCUAAAAAAGGAUAAACAUCAAUAAAUGUGACUUUAUCGGCCAUUAUAAGGUAAGGUAAGGUAAUCGAAACAUGCAGCCCAUAUUUAUCCAAUGAAACCAUAUCAGUUUUAUGUCUAAUCAUCACAUUAAGCCUAACCCAAAUGUAAGAACCCCCCCCCCUCCCCUUUUGUUAUUAUUUACAUUUUUCUUAUUUAUGGCAUUUAAGACUCUUUAUUGCCUUGAAUCUGAUUCAAAAAGGAUGCACAGAAACCCUCAGAGUUAUUCAAUCAGCCACAGAGUUAUUCAGAGUUAAACAAUACUUCUUGAUGAACCAGUUUUGCUUUUUUAAGUGUGUGUUUAAAGCUGCUUUGGAUUUUAUUUGAUGACUAGUUGUGCUGCAUUGGGGCUUAUCAUUGUAUAUUUAAUAUGACUAUUAUUGUUAUUACUGAUGUGUAAUUGAAUUGUUAUAAUUGUUAGCAGUGUCAGAUAUUCAAAUGUUUUGUUAUUGUGCUGUUGAAACAAAACAAAUCGCUGACAAACACUGCAGUUUGGUUAUUAAUUGGAAACCUUCUUCUUCUGAGUAGAUGAAAAUGCAUACUACUAAAUAAUAUUUUAGCCCAGACAACCCUGCAUAUGUGAAACGAACACAAAUCACCUGUACAAAACAAAUAAGAAAUACUUUCCAUGGCCCGGAUAACGCUCACUCUUAGUGCGCUAAAAAGAUUUAAAAGAUAAAUCUUACCAAGGAUGUUUCUAAGUGUGUUCCCCGAAGUGUCCCUUAGGAAGCUCUUAGCACACUGCCUCUUACGUCUGACGUCACAAGAGCGCUGUCCAAAGUGAGGGUGCUGAAUUAGUUGGCAUCGAUUGCUCAGGAAUCGAUUUUCCACUUCACGCAAAGGUGCAUUACAGCGUUAAGAAA